AGUUGGGCGGCGGGGCGGGGCCGGGUCCCAGCGGCAGCCUCUUACCUGUCCAGGUAGCUCGCAUUUCCAGGUGAGCGGCGGCGGCGCCCGCACCACCUGUCGCGGGGUGCGCGGGCGGGGAGCGCGGCUGGGGGCCAUGGCCUGGUAGUGUCCCCUGGGGAGACGCUGCGGAGUUCAGUCAGGGGCAGGACGGGGUGAGGGAGGGAAGGUCCUUCCCUCGGGGACAGAGAGGCCUGCGGCAGCAUGAAAAAGAACCAGACGAUGCAGGGCACCUUCAGCAAACUCUUUGGGAAGAAGCAUGCCAACCCUGCCACCACGUCCCUCUACGCCACCAACCCACCCUGGAUUUUCACCCAGGAGGCCCAGGAAGAGGGACCCAGGGACUUUGAUGGGAUCUAUUAUGAAAACAGUCGGUUCAACACUGUGAGUGAAUCUGGAACAGCCACGCUGAAAGCCCGGCCGAGAGUCCGGCCCCUGCUGACCUUCCUUCCCCUGAAUGCCCAGGAGAACCAUGGGCUGGCUGUGCCCACCCCUUCUGUCCCAGACGACUUUGCAGACAAAGAAGUGGGAGGUACCAGCUCACUAGUCAAUGGCAACCUCCGACUCUACAGCUCUGUGGGCGACCUGAGGCCCGCACACUAUGAACUGGACUCUUCCAUCCCGCCACCUCCCCCAGGCCCAGCCCCAGGGCCACCCCAGGAAACUUCACAGCCUCUGGGGGAGUCCCCUCCACCACCGCCUCCUGCUAUCCCUCCCCCUCCUCCUCCCCUGCUGGUGGAACCCCCGCCCCCGCCCCCACCCCCACCCAGCACAGCCCCACCUCCGCCCCCUGUACUGGACACCUUAUCUCCCUCCUCUGCCCUCUCCCCGCCAUCAACACCGACCCCUCCAGACUUCAUCCCCCCUGCCCCGCCAUCAGCUUUUCUAAACCCCCCUCCACCUUCUUUGCCAGCCCCAGGACCCCCAACUCCAGUCUCUCCUCAUACAACUGGACCGCGUCUUUUCCCCACUGGGGGUAUUAUCAAGUGGAAAUCCGAAGUAGCACUCAAUGGCAGGCAGCCAGAAGACCCCAGAACCAGCUUCCCCAAGAGCCCUGCUGCACUAAAGGGGCCUAGCCCCGAAUCCCACCUCACCUUCCCCAGGUCAUUCAAGGUGCCUCCCCCAACUCCAGUCAGGACCUCAUCUAUCCCGGUUCAGGAAGUGCCAGGGGCUUCCCCAGAGGAGGAAGCCAGUCUGAAGGCCUCUACCCACCUCCCGCCACCCUCCAGCUUCAGUGUCCGCCCUGCGUCUCAGGUUUACCCUGACAGGGCCCCAGAGCCAGAGCACACGCCAGAGCCCAGGCUUGAGACACGAGGCAACCCAAGGCUCGGGCAGCCUGAACCCCAGACAAACGGACAAGCUGGAGUUCCACCCCCAGCUCCUCCUUUGCCUCCACCUGCUCCCCCACUCCCUCCACCAGCACCCUCCCUGCCCCCAGCUGCUCCUCCCUUGCCCCCACCUGCUCCCCCACUCCCUCCACCAGCACCUUCCCUGCCCCCAGCUGCUCCUCCCUUGCCUCCACCUGAGCAGGCAGUCCCUCCAUCUUCUGGAUUUAUGAAGACCCCAAAAUCCAGUUCACCUACUCUCAACCCCAAACCCAACCCCCCCACUCCGGAGGACACAGCCUCGUCAGAACCCGUUGACUGGAGGGACCCCCGGCAGAUGGAAAAGCUUCGAAGUGAGCUGGCAGCCUAUCUCUGUGGGACCAGGAAAGAGGAUCGGUCACUCAGCCACAGGCCAGUCCCUAAGGUAGCCUUGAAGGACAGCGAGAGCAAGAAGGACCCUAGCCUGGCAGAGAAGGCUCCUCCAAGCCUGCCUGAGAAGACAGACCCCUGUGGUCCUGAGAAGAGUAACUCCAGCAACAGCCUGCCAGAGAGAGAAGCCACCAGCAGCCUGACCCUACCCCCUGUGGACUACAUCCCCCAGGAUACUCCAGCCCCCAGUGUCAAGCAGAUCCGCAAUGAGCUAGAGGCUCGGUUUUCCUCCUCAGCGGAGAAAGAAGCCAAGCCUAGCACAGCAUCCCUGCCUCCCAAACCCCGGCUGGAAGGGGGAAGAACUUUUGAAAAUGGGACUGAUCAUGGCAGAUUCCAUAAGCCUGUCACCAGGAAUCCACCCCAGCAGUCUGCCACCGCUCUGCCGGCCACACCACCCAAGGCCACACCUGGGUCAGCCACACCAUUCAAGCCCACGCCUGGGCAGGCCAUACUUCCUAAGGCCACACCUGGGCCAGCCUUACCAUUCAAGCCUACACCUGAGCGGGCCACCUCGCCCAAGGAUACACCUGGGCAGGCCACAGCACCCAAGGACACACCUGGGUUGUCCAUCCCAUCAUCUCAGCAGGUGGCGGAGAAAGACCUUGUCCCAGUGAGACACAGAGAAAAGCCAGAACCUCAAGCAAAUGCAGCGGCCACCCAACUGUCCACAAACGGAGCCCGCUCCCCUCCAGCCCUCCCACCGAAGAUGUCCACUGGAGGAGAGGAGGUACCGUUUCUGUACAGAUCCCAUCGCAGCCAGAACAGCCACAGCCGAGGGGUUGCUGUGGUGAUUCCCACUCGGGCCAAAGGGGAGGCCACAGACUCAGGGGGACUGGCCGACGAAAAGGAGCCUGAAAACCAUCCAGCCAAACCUUUUGCCCCAGUCCAGCCUGCUGACCAACUCCUCAGACACCCGGUGACUGGGGAGGUGGUGGAGCAGGGCUCCCCAAUGGCCCUGCUCCUCGCAGCCAGGCAGAGGGCACAGAAGAGCAGGCCUGGGGGCACUGCAGGGACUGCGAUGGGACCGGGAAGGUCCUCUCUGCCAGGAAGUCUCCGUGACCAUGGCAACCAAAUGGAGGCCAGCUCUGAUACCAUCUUUUACAGAGGUAGUCGGCCCAACUCCUUCCUUGUGGUCCCUAAGGUACCCAGUGAGACAGAGGGCUCCCACCUGACCUCAGCACGGCCCUCUGGAGCCAGUCAGUGGAAGCCCCAGCAGGGACGAGACACACAGGGCCCAGAGCCAACACAUAGGCAUGGGUGGACCAAGGCCGAGUCCCACGCCGCUGUGACCCGAGAAAGACACGCACCCUCAAGCUUAUCCCAGGGCCGCGCCCUUCCCAAAUCCUUCUCUUCUCCGCCCUCUCCUUCCUACAAGAAGGAAGAGGAAGAAGAGUUCAGCUUUGAUAUUAUUCCGCCACCGCCAGAGUUUAGCAAUGACCCUGAACCCCACGCUGGGCUGCAGCAUCAGGACCGUCGUGGGUCCCCACCCAGGAACAACUACUCGGACUUGGGGCAGCCCCUGGACUUGGGGUCUGGGGCCAAUCCGGCUCGCGACUCCUCGCGCUUUGCCGGCACUCAAUACUCCGGGCUCGGGGGCCUGGAUCGCUUCUCCGGCAGCGGACGCUCGCUCAUCAAGAAGCGCCUGUAUGUCGGGGAGCCCCACCGCAACGCCGGGACGCCCCGCGGCGCCACUGGCCGCAGCAUGAGCUCCCCUAACUGCUUCGGACCGCAGCCGGGAGGUCCUGAGAUGCGACGGGUCAACUCGGGGGGCCGCGCGGCCCCCGGAGGCCUGCACGCACGGAGGCUGUCGCUGGAGGGCGCCCGCGGUUCAGCCGAGGUCAAGUACAAGACGCCCGGCGGGGGCGGCGGUGGUAGUGGCGGCAAAGCUGGGGACUAUGGCUUCAUCCCUGCCAAAGGCAGCAGGUCUCCCCACUAUGGAAGCCCCAUCAAUACGUUCACGGUGAGGCCAGGGACACGCCAUCCCAUCUCCUACGCCUACUCUGGAACCCAUCGGAAAGCCGCCUCCUGAGCUGUGGUUCACUUUGCUGACUUCUAAGGGGUUGGAUUGGGGCAGCUGUUGUGUGGGGGGUGGGAGGUCACUCUGGGUAUUAUAGGUCCCAGCUCAGACACCACUGAGAGCCUUUGUUCUCAAAGACAGAACAGACAGACAGGUGGUGUGUGAGUGGCAGAGGUCUGUGGAAGAUGGAAACAUGUCUGUCUCGAAAGCACCAAGGGACGGCUUGGCUAUGUACUAUUGGCAGAUGGGGGUGGGAGGGGGAAGGAGGAGCUUUCCGGGCCUGCGCCUUGUCUCUGCUAUCUGGUACUGUCUGCUUUACCAAGGUUUAUUGAAACCAGUUUACACGCAGGUUCUAAAAGAAGGGCUGGGCCCCAAGUCUGAAUUGAAACCCAUGGGGGUGACAUUUGUAUGUCAGAGCCUCACACUGUGCCUGUUCCCCCGAACAUGUAGUAGGUUGUCUCCUCUGCACUUGGAGAUGCGAUCAAGACUGCUUGCACAGUACAGAAGCCUAUGCACUGGUUAGGUCGAGGGUGGGAUCCUUGCUCCUUGGCCAUGUCACUUACCCAUGAGAGAGCUUGGGAUGGGGGGUAGGCUUGCUUUUCCAUCCAGGCCCAAGAAGUCCUGAUGGGGGGUAGACCCAAGGAGCCACAAGGUCCAGAAGUAUGCUGCCAACAUGGAGACAGGUCUUGGACAAUCAAGGGUAGUGUGCUAAGGCCAGUUCAGAGCAGGAGCAACCUGUCAGGAUAGUCACCAUCUGUCCUCUGCCUGGGCAGGGAAUUGGGAUAUAUUCUAGUAUAUGUCUUGGGUUAUGUCAAAUACAUGAGGAACAGUAGUUAGUUCUUCAGGUGGGGACUGGCUGGAUUCCUGUGACCAGGUCAAGGCAGGUAAGAAAGGAAGGGCAGAGGAAUGGCCCACCUCACAAGAACAGAAGAAAGACAAGAGGAAGCUCCCUGUGGGGGAAGCAACCCCCUGUGGGGGGGAGCAGCCCCCUGUGGGAGGAGCUCUUGGACCUUUGUGAUCUGUGGCACUAGCUGAAGUACUAGGUGGAUGGCACCCAGCUGGUUCAAGCAGGGAGAGGGACUCCCUGUAUUCACGAAGCCAAGCUCAUCAACACAGCACUGGCCUCUGACUGCUUCCCUAAGCAGUGCUAUGGAGUGUCCUGGGGUGGGUGAGGAAGGGCUUGGUCUCACUUGGCGUGGGAAAUGAACAGCCAGUUUGGACUGGCCCCUGCUCUGCAGCUGGUGAUUGGUGACUUGGAGCUCCCCAGGCAUCAUGGGGCUCUGGAGAACUCAGCUGGAUGGCGCCAAGUACAGGGCUCCGGGCCGAGGGGUAAAGCCAGAUAAACUGUCCUUAACAAGUUUGAUUUUCUGAGUCUGUUUUUUCUUCUGGGCCCGGCGGUAAUCCUAACUCAAGCCGCCGCGAGGAAUGGAGGCAGCCACGGUUCAGAUCCUGGGCCAGUCUAAAACCUGGCACUGUGGUACAAACCUCCGAUUCCAGCACUGAGGAAGUGCAGGCAGGAGAAAGACAGUUUAAGGCCAGCUGGACUACAUGAGAUCUCACCUCUAAGACAAAAAACACAAGGAUUUGUGAACAGAAGUAAAAAUACAGUUUAGAAGAGGUGAGACAGCCGGGCAGUGGUGGUGCAUGCCGUUAGUCCCAGCACUCGGGGGGCAGAGGCAGGUGGAUCUCUGA